AUGAGGACACCCAGGAGCUGCAAGGCAAAUCAAAGGGAUUCUCUUCAACCCAAUUUAGACAUCAAGGAUAUUAAAAUCCCACACCGAUGUGCUCAGACAAGUCAAAUCACUUUUGUUAGCUGUAGGCUACUUGUACAGCAAUUUACCUGUGAAGUCACUGACCAUAAGAAUACAGUGUACUCACCAGAUGAUGCUGUCCUUGAAGAAACAGAACAAGCCUCGGAGAUAUGCCAGGUUACUGUCACAAGAAUAAAGAAUGAAGCCCACGGCCAAGCCACAAGACCGACAGAGCCUUGGGCAGCAAAACUUUUGAUUUCAAGUGAAAACUACAUCCCUAGAAAAGCUUUCUCCAUCCGAAGCGUGAAUAGGCACAGAAGUCAGCUGGGAGUUUGCCAAGCCCCUCGGAACCCGCCGCGCACAAGCCGGAGGAGCUCCCGGCCUUGCCGGAGCCCGGCUUUGUCCGCACGAUUUACCGCGGCGGCCGCUCACGGCAGGCCCGAUGCCAGCAGCUACGGGAGUACACACCAUUCCAGGAGGGCUCCCUCGAGGCCGACCAACAGCGAGUCCUCCCAGGUCACAUCGCUGGUGACCUCUGAGGAGAAAGAGAGAGAGACGCGCUGCAGCCGAGAGCCUCCGGACCAAGCGUUGAAAUACGCCGAGCUCCAGCGCAUCGCCAAGGCCGCCGGGCUGAGGGCCAACCUUCGGGCAGACAAAUUGCUGGAAUCAUUGAGGCAACACUUUGAAGGGACAAAAGAAGAAAGUGAAAAUAUGGGUCCUGUAAAGAGUGAAUCUGCUUCCAUUAAAUCGGAUGAACUGAGCAAUCAGGAGGAAAUUAUGUCUGAUUCAGUGUGUUUUAUUACAAAAAGAGGUGGUAAAAAUAAGAAAAUAACCAGGAAAAAGAGGAACUCCCAUGAGGAAAGUAAUGCCAUUGAAGAAAACCCAGUGCCUUCUGAUGAGAAACAGGUGCAUUCUGAAAUGAAAGAAAAUGGAGUGCCUCAGGGUGAGCACAAAAAGAGACAGAAGGUAUUACAAAACAAAAACCAAAUAACUGAAGAGAGAGAUAUUGAGAAUACAGAGAUGGGUACUGGACAGAAAAAACAAGCAGAAAGGACUUCUACUAAAGCAGGUAAUGCUCAUCCUGCAGGAGGGAAGAUCCCUGUACGUGUAGGCCAUGCAUCUAGGUCUGCAAGAACAGGAAUGACAGCUACCACUCCAAACUUUAAGAAGUUGCAUGAGGCUCAGUUCAAGAAAAUGGAAUCUAUUGCUGACUACAUUGAGAGGAAAAAAAAACUGAAUGAGAAUUGCAGCACAGUCAAGGUGCUAACCAGAAAAUCAAAUCCCUUGAGAUCAUCAGACAAAGACACUCCACAUUCCAAGAAACAAGCCAGUGGCAAAAGAUUUUUAUUCAGCCCAAAUCCAGAGAGAGGCAGAUUCUCCAACACCUGCACUCCUAGUAACUUCCGGCGCUCACCACGCAAUUCUCUGAAUGCUGCUAAUCGGAGUAUUUUAUCCCAGAAAUCUUCAUUCCAUCCUUCUGUACUUUCAACAUCCAAAAUGAAUGUCAGGUUCUCAGAAGCCACAAAAGAUAAUGAGCACAAACGCUCUCUUACCAAGACUCCUUCUCGAAUGUCUCCAUACAUGGAGGAGAUCUGCACGCCUGACACUCAGAAGAGCUGCAAACUGAUAACUCAGAAGAACAGCAAGGGAAAUAAUGAUCUGACUGCAUCAAAGGGUAAAGUGGAUGUUCUUACCCCCUUCAAGUUUGGAGCUCAAUCUGUGGAACCCUCAAGUGGAAAGAAGACAUUCGAUCUCAAAGCAAGUCUUUCUCGGCCGCUUCGGUAUCAGCCACACAAAGGACGACUAAAACCGUGGGGAGAACCUAAAGAAAAUGCUGUUCUCAGUAGAUCUGGUGGUAGCAAUAUCUGUUCACAUAAGAAAAAUUACAAACAGCCACAUCUCCAGACAAGGGAAGAAAGGCGUGAGACACUUGAGCAAGACAGAAAAAAGAAAAAGGCUCACACUCUUGGAAAACGUAGAGGCCUAUCUGUGUCUUAGGAUGAAUAAGGAGUAUCUAAGACAUCACUGUAAAUACUGUUCUUCUCAUGUAAAGGCUUGUGCUGUCCCUGUAUGGUUCAGGUUGCUUUUAGCUAGUGGAAUCUAGAGAGCAGCAAUUAAUGAGACCUUGUAAUGUGCCCUGAGCAUAAUGUUUCUGUGAUUAAUUUCUCCACUGAGAUGAGAAUUCUAAACUUUCAAGGGCUUAGAACUCUCUUGUUGCUUCAUAUUUUCAUUUAACUAAUUUACUUCACUUAAAGAUGUUAAAGAAGAAAAUAUGAGUGGAAAAAAGAUGCUCAAGAAGCCUCCUUGCAACUGAGGAUAGACUUGUGCAUCGGAGUGCACUUGUUGCAUGCUAGAAUGCAGGCUUUGGAUAGCAAGCUUCAAAAUGUUAGUAUUCAAAAUGACCAGAGUUGGAAGUACCUGUUUGCCAUGUUCUCUAGAUCAAUCCUUAAAUUCUCUAAGUUACAGCAAUUAUUCAGCAUUUCUAAUUGCAUCCUUUGAAAUUAUGUUUCAUAAGAGAAGAAAAAAUAUGGAAGCUCUCUGGAAAACUAAUGCAUAACAUAAUUGUAAACUAACUUUUUUUAAAAAAGUCACAACUGAGUUUACAAAUUGCCAUCUGAAUGCUUUGAGCAGUUUUUUGUUCUUUCUGUGGUUAAUAAAACUCUCUUGCUUUUCAUCUCUAAGAUGCUUAAAAGAGGUUUUAAGUGUUGAGGCACAUUCAAUACCUUGGUUUUAAAAGCAGUUGUUAUUCUUACAUUAAAAAAAUACAUUAGAAAAGUUGUGUGGAUUGGAUAGGGAUAGAACUAGAAAGGUAAUUUAGCAGUUGUUUUCGGCUGUUGAGCAAGUAAAUGUUUCAC